AUGUCUGAUAACGGAUCUGCUCCCCCUGCAGACACCAAACCAAAGGCUGAAGGAGGCGACAACACCCUCAACAUCAAAAUCACCUCCUCAAAUCACGAUGAAGUUUUCUUCAAGAUCAAGAAGACGACAAAGUUGACCAAACUGAAAUCUGCCUAUGCCGAUCGAGUGGGAUCCGACAUAAAUGCCAUCCGAUUGAUGUUCGAUGGGGAACGAAUCCAAGACGGUGAUACUGCUGAGAGUCUGGGUCUGGAAGAGGGUGACGCUAUCGAUGUGGUGCUGGAGCAGGUUGGAGGAUGCUAA